AAGCGCUGAAGCUUUAAUGGCUCAUCCUCUACCAGAACCAAGUACAAUACUAUCAGCUAUCCGUUCUUCUUCUCGUGCUCUACGGGAAAGUGCCAACAUAACAAUUUCUCAACCAGCAAUCGAACGAUUACUGAAAUCUCCUGUUUUCCUUACUUCAUUCCAACGAGUCUCGGCCCAACAUGGUCUUGCUUUGCCUCUCAAAUUCUCGUCUCCCCUUGAUGAGCUGAAUGUAAUCUCCAUACUUUCACUGCUCAAUUUCGGUUCGGGUUACCGAAUUCCUUUGCACACCGAAACUGGACGAGGAGCUUGGGACAAUAUCCGGCUCCUUGUCUUCUCCAUCUUCAUCGGAGGAUCCGGAGAAGAUUUGUUAUCUGCGAAAGGAAUGCAACAGCUAAAUGAAGCCAAAGUUGCAGAGUUGAUGAGGAUCAAUGUUUAUAUCGAAAAACCCCACACAGAGAUCCCUGGCGUGACUGUUGGAGAGCUCGGGGGUCCAUUGUAUGAGCUUGUCAUGCUCAUCUCUCAUGUCCUUGUCGAGACUGGACAACUUCUCGAAGAAGCUGGCUAUCCCAGCCUUGGUGCCUUUGUCGUUGAAGCGCUGAAAGAAGGGGCACGAGUUACCAAGCAGACAAGUGAUGUGCAAGUUGUCCUCGAUCGGCUCAUACGUUUCAUCCCAGCCUUUCAAGAUUGCCACAUAGUAAAUGGACAUUCUGUCUACCUAUUCAAAAAAGCUUUGUUUCUUGUCCAUGCCAUCACAAUCAGAUUUGGAUCCUUGUCUCCACCACCAUUUCCGGUCCCUAACACCUCUCAGGUCCCUGUUUUUGCCGACAACGUUCUUCCGUCGUUGCUCAUACAUCUGGGAGUCAUUGAACUGUCACCAUCGUUUCAGUCAAUCUUUCUAGAUGACAAGUCUUCAGAAACGUUAAUUUCACUGUUGGCAGAGACUGUUUCAGAGCCAAACUUAUCUGGAUCGCCACCGAAUGAAGGACCAGUUCUCACAACGGAUCAGGCAUGUAUCUUACGUGCGGCGGCUGUGGAUGCCUGUGAAAUGAUCGUUGAGAAGGCUCGCGAAUUGAAUGAACCCAGCUGGAGAAAGAAUAUUCAACUUACCGAAUUAGAUAUGUGGUUAUGGUCUAUUGCAAAGGACAGAGCAGAUUAUCGGAGACUGGAGAGGUUCGUGUUGAGGGACACCAUAUUCUUCUGACGGAACGGAAUCGGAAUUAUUCACGCGCACUUACUACUAUUAGUAUUACGACCCUGCCGAAGAUACGAGUCGUUGCAGGCCGUUGCUUCGUCCUGUAUGAUAUUGAUUGAACUGACUGUACAGUACAUAUCAUGUCAGUAUAAAUAAAUGCUGGUAUCCACAACA